AUGAGCACCCCAAACGAGCCCGCUGACCCCAUACCAGACGGUAUCUUUGCAACCGCAAAGCAGGCCUGGGGUGACCUGUUCAAGUGGAAGCAGCGCGUGGAGGUCACCAAUGAAUUCGGUGAAACCCAUGCGGAAUGGCAAGACCCCGAGCCUAUCCAGAACCCAAUCAGUCUCUUUCUUCAGUUGAGUGCCCGGGACUGGCUGUUCUUUAUCGUCGGUCUGGUGGCCUGGACGGCGGACGCGUUUGAUUUCCAUGCCCUCUCUAUCCAGACAGUGAAGCUGUCGAAGUACUAUGACCGUUCCAAGACCGACAUCUCCACGGCGAUCACACUGACUCUCCUCCUGAGGAGUGUGGGUGCCGCCUUUUUCGGUCUGGCAGGUGACAAGUUUGGUCGCAAGUGGCCCAUGGUUGUGAACAUGCUCGUUCUGGGUGUGUUGCAGAUCGCGACUAUUUACAGCCGGACCUUUCAGCAGUUUCUGGCGGUACGGAGUCUGUUCGGCUUGUUCAUGGGCGGAGUGUACGGCAAUGCCAUCGCCAUGGCUCUGGAACAUUGUCCAGUGAACGCGCGUGGCCUAAUGUCCGGUAUCCUCCAACAAGGCUAUUCCAUGGGAUAUGUCUUUGCGGCGUGUGCGAACCUCGGUGUUGGCGGCAGUACCGAGAGCUGGAAGACUGUCUUCUGGAUUGCAGCCGGCAUUUCGAUUGGCGUUGGUCUUAUUCGCAUUUGUUUCCCCGAGUCCAAACAAUUCCUCGAAGCGAAAAAGGCGGGCAAGGCAUCGUCCGAUCCCAAAGCCUUCUGGAGGGACACAAAGCAGAUGUUGGCCAAGGAGUGGAAGAUGUGCAUAUACGCUAUUAUCCUGAUGACUUGGUUCAACUACUACUCGCAUACCUCCCAAGAUUCCUACACCACGUUCAUGUUGACACAGAAGGAUCUGGACAACGCCUCUGCUUCGCGCGCGUCAAUUCUCAUGAAAACUGGUGCUUGUGUUGGUGGUACGAUUAUCGGAUACCUCUCCCAGUUCUUUGGACGUCGUCGCGCGAUCAUCGUCUCGGCCUUGGUGUCGGGUAUCCUAAUUCCGGCAUGGAUCCUCCCAAAUGGGGAGCGAGCACUGAGCGCCACUGGCUUUUUCAUCCAGUUCUUCAUCCAGGGUGCAUGGGGAGUCAUUCCGAUUCAUUUGAACGAGCUCUCUCCACCCGCAUUCCGUUCUUCCUUCCCAGGUAUCACAUACCAACUCGGAAACAUGAUCUCGUCCCCUUCAGCUCAGAUUGUAAACGCUAUUGCAGAAUCAACCUUCGUGAAGGGUGUCUCUGGUGAGCCAGCACCUGCCUACGGACCAACCAUGGGCGUUGCCACGGCCAUCAUUGCAGUGGGUAUCAUGGUCACGACUGCCUUUGGGCCUGAGAAACGUGGCCGCAAGUUCGAGACUGCUGUUGCGGGUUUGGAUGAACAGAACCCCAAAGAAGCCGAUCUCGAGAAGGGCCACGAACUGGAAAAAAAGGCCACUGGGGAGAGUGUUCAGAGAAUAGAGAAGAUCUAG